AUGACUUUUCGCGUAUCUAUCGACAUGGUGGACCUCUUCAAGACGCGAUUUUAUUCAUCAGUGAACAUUUCAGAGGGAGGGGAGGUGUACAUGAGGCGCGCAGUGGCUUGCUCUGAAUCUCGCGAUGAAUCACAAAUAAAUCCGGCUCGUCUACCCGGAAACAUCGCAUCUUUGCGGCUAACCAAGUCUAAGAAGGAUGCGGAGAUGUAUUCAAAUGUGCUUCACAAUAAAAUAAAAGCGGCGGAGGAAACGCAAAAACAGAUCAAUAUCCUCAAAUCACAGCUCACAGCGCAAAGACAGGUAUUGAACGCAUAUCACGUCUGCCUUGCGAGAUUGGCGGCACAAUCUACUCAAAUUCUAGAAACCUCUCAAACCACACGAGAUACGCGGGCUCGCCCCAACUCCCCUGUUCCGUCUGACACAGUUUCAACGCGAAACGCAGCUAGGAAACCCUCCGUCCCCGUUGCCAGUAACAAUGCCAACGUGGUUGUUACUCCAAGUGCAAGUGCUGAAGUCCAGCUUCGAGCUUUGGUCGCUCGAAAGCUAGGUGUGGAAGGUGGCAACGAGGACCCGGAAGUGGAACGGGUUUUCCAAGGAUUCAUUAAAGUCGCGAAAGCUCGAGCGAGAAACCAAGUUCGAUACACCGGCAACAUGGGUAUUGGAGAACCAGUUUCAGAGGAAAUUUUGGAUACGUUAGCGGCUGAGGUGAAUAGAAAAACCCAGAUACUGCAACAUGCUUCUGACCUUUCACUUGAACUGGCUUGUGGUACUGAACAUGCCCUCGUAACAAUAUCGAAAUUUCAAAAAACGACAAUAUCGUCCUUUGAAGAAAUCCUGAACUCUCAAUUGAGUUCCAUACGCAGUUACAUCGACCACCUUCGUAUCUAUGUCGUAGCGGAUUCUCAGAGAGACGCUCAACAGGGUACCCAGAACUCGGAGUCGCUUGUCCCAAACAAAUCCCCGACGCGUGUAGAGCCCGAUUUCGGUCACGAAGUGAGAAAGAUCUUGGGACUGAGCGAGGCAGAGACCUCCAAGAAAGUGCUUGCAGAGAUCGGACGAUUAGUCAACACUAUACAGCACAAAUCUCAAUACCUCGAAGCGAUGCAAAUUCGCCCUCGUGAUCUUUCCUCCCAACGCGCAAGAGAAACAGAAACAAUAGCAUCCUACGAAUCGCAAAAGCAACAGAUAGAAGACACCAUCGAAAAACUCUUGAUCCGUAAGAUUGAUAAAGCGGACUCGCUGGGGCAUAGCUUGGUGCGGGAUAUUGAGGCGCUGUUGAUAGGUAUCGAUGAUAUUGUAGGGCAUGGUAACUCCGGGAGGGACGACUGCAAUUCUAAAAACAUGACCGUAGUACGAAGUCAUUCCAAUCAUACUUAA